GGGCCGACAGCGCACAAUGGGCCAUGGAGUUCCCGUUCGAUGUGGACGCGCUGCUCCCGGAGCGGAUCACGGUGCUGGAUCAGCACCUGCGGCCCCCGGCCCGCCGACCCGGAACCACAACGCCGGCCCGUGUUGAUCUGCAGCAGCAAAUUAUGACCAUUGUAGAUGAGCUGGGCAAGGCUUCUGCCAAGGCCCAGCAGCUUCCUGCUCCCAUCACCAGUGCAUCAAGGAUGCAGAGUAACCGCCAUGUCAUGUAUGUGCUCAAAGACACUUCAGCCCGACCGGCUGGAAAAGGAGCCAUUAUUGGUUUUCUGAAAGUUGGAUACAAGAAGCUCUUUGUUUUGGAUGAUCGUGAGGCUCACAAUGAGGUAGAACCACUUUGUAUCUUGGACUUUUAUAUCCAUGAGUCAUUUCAACGUCAUGGCCAUGGGCGAGAACUCUUCCAACAUAUGUUGCAGAAGGAGCGAGUUGAACCAUACCAGCUGGCCAUUGAUCGACCCUCGCAGAAACUGCUGAAAUUCCUGAAUAAGCACUACAAGCUGGAGACCACAGUCCCACAGGUGAACAACUUUGUGAUCUUUGAAGGCUUCUUUGCCCAUCAGCAUCCUCCGGCAAGGAAGCUGCCACCCAAGAGGGCAGAGGGGGACAUUAAGCCAUACUCCUCGAGUGACCGAGAAUUUCUGAAGGUAGCUGUGGAGCCUCCGUGGCCCCUGAACAGGGCCCCGCGCCGCACCACACCUCCAGCCCACCCACCCCCCCGCUCCAGCAGCCUGGGAAACUCGCCAGAACGGGGUCCCCUCCGCCCUUUUGUGCCAGAGCAGGAGCUGCUGCGGUCCCUGCGUCUCUGUCCCCCACACCCUACCGCCCGCCUUCUGCUUACUACCGACCCUGGGGGCAGCCCAGCCCAACGUCGCCGCACCAGCUCCCUUCCCCGCUCUGAUGAGAGUCGAUACUGACAGACAGCUACACCCCCUUCUCUGGGAGACCUGGGGUGGACAGAGACCCCCCUCCCCUGAGAACCCCAGGCCUACUCUUCCAUUGCAUCCCCUAGGACUCAGAGACCUUACAGAGCUCAUAGGAUUUCCUCUUCCCUUUUCUUGGAUGACUGGGUUGUCAGGGUCCCAAAUGGCCUAAUACUUUGCAGCUUUUCUUACCACAGAAAGCACUCCUUCCCUCCUAACUUGGGCUCUGGACACUCCCCACAGACAGUCCAAUCUGCUGCCAGACCCCUUAGUUGGGUGGCUCAUAAUUACCCAGAGAAGCACACUCUUGCUUGCUGUCAGAUUAGAACACCAUGGAAGGUCCAAGGGCCUCCUCUGCCAGGGGAAUCUUUUAAGGAGUCUUGUCCAUGGAAUAAAUCCCAUAUUCUCUCUCCAGUGUCUACUGGAGGUUCUAAUACUGCUUUGUGUUGCCUGCCACACUUGCCCUUUCAGCUUGCUUAUGCCAGCCAAUGAGCUCUGUUUCAGAGCAGUGGAAGUUAGGCAGGACAGGGACCUUCAGAAAUUACCAGCUUCCCAAAGGGAUCUACUCAACAUUGCCAAACUCUUCAUUUCCACAUGUUUUGUGUAUGUGUCAGGGAACCUCAAAGCUGAUGUCUGUGUAGGGUCUCUACAGGAGACUCGCUGCAGACACAGCUUCCCCAAGAUCCAUUCUCUGAGGGAGUUUAUUCCUUGGCAGUAGAUCCCAGCAAGCACCCUGGGAUCACUCUUGGCUAUGUUUCAGAAGGUAAGCCUGGUCUUAAGGAUCUGUUAGAUCUGGAAUCCCCUGUCGCAUCCAUCCUUCACCAGUAGCUAGAUGCUGAUGUAUUCCUGUCAUGUGAGAUUGUUUUGAGAUGAUGAGGGGCCAUUCUUCCUCUGGCCUCCUUUCUUUUCUCCAUAGCAAGAACCUCCUUCCCUGCUUCACUCCCAGGGUGUAGAUACAUCCUUUCCCCUUCCUCCC